AUGUGUGAAGAACCUGCAGGUAACGGAGAGGUAAAACAUUGUGCCACUUCUUUGGAAUCUAUGAUUGAUUUCACCUUAUCUCACCUGGGAACAAACAAAAUUAUAGCAAUUUCCACUGAAGUAGAGAAGGAAACCCCAGAGGUGCAAACAUAUACCAUCGAAAAAGUGGAAGAGAAAGCAAAUGGCAAAGGUGUUGUAUGUCACAAAGUAGCUUACCCAUAUGCAGUACACUUUUGCCAUGAUGUAGGAAGCACUAGGACAUUUAUGGUGUCUAUGGUGGGUGCUGAUGGAACAAAAGUUAAUGCAGUAUCAGUAUGCCAUGAAGAUACUGCAUCCAUGAACCCUAAGGCAUUGCCUUUUCAGUUGCUCAAUGUUAAGCCUGGAGACAAGCCUAUUUGCCAUUUCACUUUGGACGAUCAAAUUGCCCUGUUUCCUUCUCAAAACACAGAUCUUCAAGUGGCUGAAAACUAA